GCGUCCAGGAAUACUCAAUAUUCUGCAAUUUACUCGCACUGACACUGUGUUGAUCGUUCCAGGCUCGAGCCUUAACGCGGGUAUUCAGCACUUCCCGUUUAGGUUUCAUCCCGCGAACAUGUGACUCUGAGUAGUCUUGGAGAUCAAAUCGCUCCAAACUUCAACGUCGGCUUUCGGGUGGUCGGCCUAAUACACUUCGACACUCAGGUUAAGCCUGGCUCAGGAUUCUGUCCGUCAGCCACGACGGGAUUGGCAACCGUGCCUGUGAUCCACGACCCUAGAGCGUCUCGGCGCACUAGAACCACAUAUCACACGUCCAUAUGUAGGGCUGCACUUCUGUUCCCUAACAUUACUUCCUGUCGGUUCUUUGUUCGCAUACCUAUUUCGGUUCGGGUUGGCAAUAUGGUAGGAGUACCCAAGUCGACCGGCUGCCUGAUCUGUCGAAAGAGAAAGAUAAAGUGCGACGAAACGUGGCCAGCCUGUCUAAAUUGUCAAAAGAAUGGCAGAUGCUGUCCGGGGCCUCCGGCACGACACACCUUCAAAGAUCUCGGACCAAGUCUCAUGAACGGGGCUUAUACCGCGCAAACUGGCAAGAAUCAGUCGGUGGUAGCAGCAGCAGCAGACUGCAACCAAAGAUGUCUCACUCAGGUACACGAGAAAGUCAACCUCGAUGGAUCAACAGUGCAUAAGUUCAGGAUAUCAGGCAAAAAUGCUUUUCACUCACAUAAGCCUGCGUCGCGAUCGCCUUCGACAAGCACAGUGAGUCUGAGUCCACCUCGCUCGCCUCUUCUCCGACAACCGUCACCAUCUCAGCAUUAUGAGUUAUCCCGCGCUUUAGUUGCAACGAUCAGUGCGGGUAGCGUAGGCCUUCAGAUGUCUGUAUUUGGCCCCUUUAUCCAGGAGGUUCCCGCUCGGAUAGGCCAUAGCCCUGCUCUCGAUGCAGCAGUGGCUGUCCUCAUCAACGCUCAUACAUCUUUGAUGUACAAGGAAACAUCCAACGACGUCAUCAGCAUCAACUUGUAUCUGCGUGCGAUCAAGACGCUUCAAGGCUGUUUAGAGGAUUCCCGUGAGGGGAUGUCUACGAACACACUGUGCGCUUCUGUUCUCCUUGGACUUGUGGAGGCACUUGCGGGACCUCGAAAAGGCAAUCGAUACCUAGCUCAUGUCGGCGGGGCUGGGCGACUAAUGGAAUUGCAAGGGCCCGGCCAAUUCAAUGAUCCGUUUGCAAAAGACAUAUUACGAUUCAACAGAGGCGGAAUCGUGAGUAACAUGUCUCCAAUGCACUGCUUUGUAUCUAAAACUCCUCAGAUAGUGUCUGCUUGUUACGAACGGAAGCCCUGCUUUCUCGCCGCACCAGAAUGGCGGGAUGUUGCUUUCGACGGCCAUGGCCUCGGCUUCGACGAACGGUUACAUACGGAUCUCCUACGGGCCUUCGUGCAACUGCCAGAUAUCCUUAAAGAUCUGAAAGAAAUGAGCACUUUGCGAGCGCCGUUUACCCCCAUCGCAAACAGUAUGCGUAACGAUUCCUUCGUCGAUCCCAACCUCGAUCUGAACUCAAGUCUCGACCUCAGUCACAGCCCAGCCGACACCUGCCCCUCACUUGACUAUUCAGUCGAGAGUUUCGACAAUACCGACUUCCCAUCAGACCUGCCUAACGAAGAAACGUAUGAUGGUGAGGCGUCCUUUGCGUACAUCUCCACGCGUGCGAAUGUGCUUUUUAAGGUUCAGAACCUCAGAAACUCGUUCUGCGCCUUGGGCGUCAAUAUGAACGCCAAGUUCACGAACGGUACCACCGUACUUGAGCUGCCCAGUGUGGAAGAGGGCAGUCCAAUCGCAACCUCUUAUCACUUCAACAGCUGGCGCGACAACGUGGGGUACAACAGCUUCUGGGCCCUUUGUAUCAUGGUCAACGAGUACCUGAUAAAGUUGCUCCCGCCUUCCGACCCCAUAAUUAGCAUACUAGAGUCAGAAAGUCGAGCUCUAGCUCUUGAGAUCUGCAAGACGUGGGAAGAAGCAUGGUCAACGAAGCCGAUUGGCGCCCUACAUACCUCGUUCAGCUUCGUCAUGGCUUACGAGUAUGUUGCCUCCGACAUCCAAGAAUGGAUUCUCAAAGGUCUUAACGCGCUACUGGACUGCCAAAAGGUCGACGCCUCGGCGUUCCGCUGGACGGACGAAGUGAUCAGAAUGAUGAGCGGGAGACUCACUGGUGACGGCCAGGAUACCAUCUUCUCGAAUGUGAGUGUUACGAAAAAAGCGCAGUAGCUACGCUCACGACACCUAGACCCUGGUUGGGUGUUGACGAUUCUUAGUUGGGAGCGGAGCAGAAGCAGGCGCCUGAUCAUACGGCACCCAGACCGGAGCCAAAGAAACCGUGGGAUAUCACCAUUUCAUUAGCAUCGCGGGGAUCAGCCUACGAUGAAAAUGUCCUCUUGAUGUCUGUUACGAGAGAUCUCACGUGUGCAUACACCAUCGUCUGGCAGGCGCCAACGACCAGGUACUUUACGAAAGAUACCCCUUUAUAGACUACAAAGACAUUGCAUUCAUGACAGCUAAUAUGAAUAUACUCAUAAAUCAU